AUGUCCAACCCCCCAACCCAGAAACUAAACUACACCACACCCGCCAACCCCUUCGGCCCUCUCAUUGCCACUAGCUUCCGCUCCAACGGUACUUUGCGCCAAUACCACGAUUACACCCCUACCGUAGAUACAUCCAACCAAGACGAUUCAUUUCGCAUUGGCGCAACGCACGCUACUAAACGCCGGAACGAUCUAAGUGAAGGAGUGGCUGAGGAGCAACACAACGCAUCAGAAGAAGGGGUCGCAACAACCUCUGGGCGUAAUCGUAGCUGGGAUAGCUUGGCUGAAGGCGCGAUGAGUGAGGAUGUCGAGGAUAGUGGAGAUAGUGGAGAUGGUGAAGGAAGUGAUGCGUCUAGUCGCACGUUGGGUCGAUCCGAGUCGUCUGGCUCUACAUUAGUAGCAGACGAAGAUGACGGAAAGGAGACUAGUGAGGGCGAAGGAGAUUCAGAUGAGAGCAUGGAGGAUUUCGAGAGCGACGGGGUUGAGGACGAAGAGAGUGAGACGUCUAGUCACACAGUGGGACGGAGCGAAAACUCGGACUCUGGUGAUGACGGCGGUGAUGAAGAUAGCGAUGAAGAGAUGGGCGAGUCUGAUGAGGAAGGCGAUGUGUUUGGGGAGAGUUAUAGGGAGGGUAGUAGGAAGUAG